AUGGAAGUUGUAGAAAAAUCCGGGAAAUGCCAUUUUUUCAAAAAUUUGUCGACUGAAAACUGCUGCACCGUGCAAAUCGAGGAGAUCAUUGUGGGUAAAGAAGGGCCAAAGUUGAAUGUGAAAAUCGCCCCGAAGAAAACUGAAGGUAAAAUACGAACAAAAAGUAUUUUUAUUUUUUUUUAGAAAUUCCAAUAGAAAAACCCGAGCCAUUUUUGGUUUUUACAAAUGGCACAACUUUGUUUCGACUGCAUGAUUGGAACGAUUAUUUGAUUCAAUCCGAGCCGCUGGCGGUUCCAUUUUUAUUGGAGGGGGAGCAGAAAAUCACUGGUGAGUUUGGGGAAGUCUUGGGGGAAAUUUGGAAAAAUUCUUGCUAUGAAAUUUCUGAUGACUAUCACAAAAUCAAUAAAAUUUUUAAAAAUUCUUUUUGUAAAUUUUCAAAGAAUUUCACAUAGAGGCUCUAUAUGAGUCACAUCUCGGAUUCUAAAAAUUUUAACUCACGCUUUGCAAGGGGAGGCGAGAAAUUGAAAAAAAAAUUGGCUUUAGAGUAUGGAAAAUGAGGAGGGCUGGUAGGAAAAAAAACUCAUAGAGAUAAGCCCGGAGGACCGGUUUUUUCUGAUUGUCUCUCCUCAGUUUCCAUAGUCUCUCCCUUCUGGUUCACAAAGGUCUUUGAAUACCUGGACCCAUUUUGAAAAGAGGGAGCUAAAAUUUUCGGGAAUCAACCCAUGCCCCUAAUAGCAAACGCUUAAGAAUUUUUAAUAAAAUCUCCCCUUUACACCUCGAGAAAUUUUCAAAAUAAUCUUUUUUCCAGCGCUCAGUUCCCUGUCCUCCGACGAAGUUCUAGUCGGUUUAUCGGAUGGCUCCGUCCACUUGAUCGAUAUGAGAGGCGAGAAUUUAACGACAAUCCAGAAGAAACUCCGUGAUCCGGAUGGUAUUUCGAUCACUCAGAUCGCGGUUGACCAGGUCCAAGAGUGUUUUUACAUCGUCCGAGAUCAGACCGGCCUAACCCGUUGUUUCAUGCCGGAUUGUCGCGAUUACACAAAUUUGAUCACCUCCUCCUUAAGCUACAUUCAAAACAUCGUUGUGGAUGCGUGGAAUGGGUAUUUGUAUUAUAUUACCAAUUCCGGCGAUGCUUUUUCGACUCCUUUAUUCAUGGUGGAUGCUCCAAAAGAGUACAAACUUCAGAUCACAAGGAGAAUUCCCGAGUUCCCUCCGGUCUUCACGCUCGAUAUUGAUUAUAAAAACCAAAGAUUAUUGGCCUUGCUGAGGAAUGGAACACUAAUCGGAAUGAAUUUGAUUGACCAGGAGGUUAGUCGCGGGGGUCAAAUACCCUAUAGCAAACGAAAAAUCAGACGGACUUUAUUCUGUUUUUCAAUGUCAGCCGAACUUUUCAAUUCAGCUCUCCAAAAAUUUUUUUGCGGUUGGCAUUACAGCUGCCCUCUGAAGCCAAGUCGCAUGGGCAGUUGCGAAUAACCGGUUGUAGCUACAGAGUUGAACCAGUUUAUCAGUCCGUCGGGAAAAUAACCCGGCGGACCACCCCGCGGCGGACCACCCCGCGGCGGCCCGCCGGGUUAUUUUCCCGACAGACUAUACCUUGAUUCAACCAGUACAUACAAAGGGUUAAGAACCGCUCGAUGCCAGAUAUUUUCGCCUAUAAGGGAGGGAAGUGCCGACCCUUUUAACUGGGGUAACUUGGACUCUCUGUUUCUCUGGCGGUCUCCAUUUUUAGACGAUGUUUUGCUUUUCUUGCAUAUUCUUUUAACUGGGGUAACUUAGACUCAAUUUUUCUCUGGCGGUCUCCAUUUUCGGACGAUAUUUUGCUUUUCUUGCAUAUUUUUAUUUCUCGGGUUUUGAAGCAAUUUUUGCGCCCUUUCACGCCUGCAAAGAUCUCUGGGUAUUCCUGGAUGAUUCCCAAACCAUGAGUUAAAAUUUCUAUCAAUAGAUUUAUCGGCAAGAUAGGGUAUGUGUGCAAAUGACACAAUAAAAUCUUUAUUACAUUGAUAAAUUUAUUUUCUUCCAGGUCACUGACGAGCGCGAAGAAUUUGAAAUCAACGGAAAAUACAAUGACGUGGUGAGGUCCCAGUACUUUGACAAUCGUCUAUUCUGGACGUCGAGUCACUGUGAACAAGAGAAUACUCCUUGUUUAUUCAGCGAAGAGAAGAAUCCCGAGUCAAACUCGUUGAAUCUGAAUCGAUAUUUGUACAAUGGAAAAGUCGUCGAUUUUGCGAUAAUGCGAGAUCUGCCAAAGCCCUUAGGGCUUAGCCCUUUGACCGAACUUGGGCUAAUGGUAACAGAUACCGAGGGAAAAGUUUCGUGGCGACCGCCACAUCCGAUGCCCUUUCAAGCUCCAAUUGCCCAUGGUUCGAAUUGGCGUCGGUUAACGUUUGAUUGCCAGAUCAAAGAUACGGCCAAAAAUGUUACAGUAUCCGAUAAAAAAGGAAUCGAAAUCUACGAAUAUCAAGUUGAAAUUGAAGCCGGAAGAAAUUACGAAGCCUCGGUCAGGGCCUGCGCUAAAGAUGGAACUUGUUCAGACUGGAUUUCAACAACCAAUACGGCCUUCAAUGGGAAUGAGACGGAAGCCAUCGCUGUCUUCGCGAAACAAGUCGACAAGUUGGGAGCUUUCAACUUAGUAAGUGGUAAAAGAUUACCCAGAGAAAUGUUAGAAUAAAUUGUUGUAGUGUUAUAUUCUGAAAUCUCAACAAAUCCUCUUUCAGAUCGGUGAAGAGAUCGAGCGCGCAGUCCCCAAGAACCUCCCAACUUCUGGAAUCGCCUCUUAUGACUCUUUCUCCGACAAUCUUUACACCGUCUCCGACGCCGACUCCACAAUAUUCAGAGUCUCCCAUUCUGAGAAAAGAAAGAAAUUCCUGGAUUUUGUCAAAGUGAAAUAUCUGAUAGUCCUGCCAAAAACAGCAAUCAUAACAGUGGCCUCAUCCUAUCAAGUAACUGCUUUUCGCCUGACUGGUUCCUUUUACAAAUCGAUCUACAAUUCGGAGGAAGGCGGGGCCGAAGUUGUUGGGUUGGCAGCAGAUGACGCCAAUAACAUGAUUGUGUUUUUCCUACAAAAAGAAGACGGAGUUGUGGAGAAGCACUCGUACAAAAUUGGAGGAGAUGAACAAGGAAGUCAGGUGGUAGCAAGUUUGAAGGCUUUCCCGAGGUGAGAAAUUGAUAGCCACGUCAAUCCAAAAUAGAAGAAAAAAUUUCCCGCCCAUUUUUGGUGAUUCGUUCAAAACGAAAUGUCACUAUCCGAUAAAAAGCAUUUUCUUGUCUUUCUUCCUUUUCGAGAAAAGGCAAUUGUUUCGGGCGAGAAAAAGUGCCGAUAAUUUCGCGACAUUUCGUCUCUCUUUUAAAUCGAUGAAAACGAUACGAAGUUUCGAAACGGGUCAGGAAAUUCGCUGGAUUGACAUGAUAGCAGCUUUGUUAACAGAGGAAAUACCAAAGACUGAAGCCUCCAUUUCCUUACUUUACUGAUAUAGGCCACAGCCUUCAUCAUAAAAGAAAUCUUUUCAGAAUCCGCCAGAUCACCGUUCUCUCCAAGCGAUUCGUCUUCGUAACGCAUGAAAAUCUCCUUGGGACUUGCGAUCAAGCUCUUCGGAAUCUGAACAUCAACUAUGCCCUGAAGGAUGUCCAACAUCUCAUUUAUUACGCAACCUGGUCCAAAGAGAAGCCGAUCCCGGACAGAGCGCUUAUCCAAUUCUCGAGAGAUAUCGACUUCGGCGGAGAGAAUCGCAAUCUCCUCAGCUGGAAUAUCCAACCAACCGUGCUGAAAGGCCACGCGUUGUAUAAAAUCCAGCUGUAUCCGAGUGGCGUUGACAUUAAACCAACUGUGGAUUACUCGUUGAGUCCGAGUUACACAAUCCCGAGUCAAGUGUUGGACAAAUGGAAUUCGAAACAACAGUUCGACGCUCAGGUCAGUGUAAUUACCGCCUGGACUGAGAUCGCGCAGAAUCGGACGGACCUGACGGCUCCAACUAAACCACCAAACCCACCCGCAGGGUUGAAGAUUUUCGCUACAACUCAGGUAAUUGCAUAACUAUUUUCUAGUCUUUUUACAACGCAAUUUCUCCAUUUUCCCCAUGUUUGCAGAAAACAGUGGAUGGUCCGAGAGCAGUCAUCGACUUGUUCUGGGACGAACCCACCGAAUGGAACGGCGAUAUGCUCGGAUAUGUUGUGAACUGCACCAACGAAGCCGAUGGAAGACCGGAACAAGUGUUCUCGGAGAACGUCAGCGCCAGAUACUCCCGCGCCUACUCUUUGGAGGUCAAAUCAGGCAAAGUUCGAUGUGCCGUGGCGGCGAGAAACGAGCAGAACAUCGUGGGAAAAUUCAGUGAGCCCGUCGAAAUCGACAGCGGAGGUGAGUUGCGGCCAAUUCUCUCCGAACAAACUGUGAUGUUUAUAGAAUUCAAGCCGUUGGUGCGAUUGUUCGCGAUUGAUUCAACUGAUCAGCUACUCAACAUCAACGACUGGUCCAACUCCAAACCAUCGGCAUCAGAAUCGAGCAGAGAAAAACGAGAUGGAGAUACAGUCAAGUACCAAUCAGUCGCGUUUAUCGGCAAUGAUUUAUAUGCGAUACGGAAGGAGCAGGAGACAACGCAGCCGUUUUUAACCAAUCUGGAUAUCAAUGACGUCAACUCGGUCCUGCAUAAGGUAAGAAUCGAUGGGAAUUUCGAUGAUUGGACAAAUAUACACCGCAAAAUUAAAUCUAGUCCAAAAACACGACUUUAUCUCGCUUCUGAGUGUAGAAGACAAGAGAUUAUAGCCGAGCAUAAUCUUUAUAAAAAAAUUCUGAAAUGAUAGAGCAUAAAAAAUCAAUUUCAGAUCCCUAUAACCGGAGAAUUCAGUCAGAUCAGUGCAAUGGGAAGCGACUGGGUUGGGAACCGACUUUUGAUCGUUGGAAACCAUGAUUUACUCGAGAUCCAACUAGAAAAUUUCGAGAAUUUGGUCGCCGUAACCCCCAGAAAACUGUUUUCGCUGUCAGCUGGAGCUCAAGACGCAAAACAAAUGAUUGUGGAUCCAUUUACAAAGUAAGUCAGACCUUUUGGAACUAAAAUAUUUAUCGCCUUUGCUUAUUUUGUCUGCUACAACAUAAUUUUUCCAGCACUGCUUAUCUACUCUCAAAAAACGGUUCCCUGUUCUCUCUGGACCUCAGCAAACAGACCGAAGACCAUAUUGGACUUCAUAUUGACUGUCUCAAGGCUCAAACAGUCACCUCGGUAGUCGGCGAAUUCGUUUGGAAUAAGCCGGCGUCCCCGUUGAUCUAUGCAUUGACCUGGAAUGGCCUCAUAACUAUCGAUCCCAUCUCCCGCAAGUGCUCGGACAUUAACAUUGACUGGACAAAGUUUGGAGAGAAGGGACUCAAAAGUGUGAAUCUCUUUACCCUAGCCGAUAAGACCUUCAUUAUUUUCGUCACAUCCUCUCAACUCUUCAUCUACGAUCGAGCCAACAACAAUGUCACACCAAUACCGAUCAUAAACCCACCGUUGAAACAAAUCCUAGCCACCUCCCAGGCCUCUCAGCCCUACCCGGAUCGGAGUUGUUUUACCCUGCCGUCAAGUGAAACAAUCCAGUUUAAUGUGAUAAAUGAAGGAAGAUCCGGCGCCCUAGUCAACAUUGGCGAGCCAAUUGUGCCUUCUGGAUGCCAUAAUCUGUCUAAUCCACCCACUCAAUACGAGAUUCACUUCAAGAGGAGAGACAGUGAGAAGGUCAAACAUAUCACUAGCAUUCAAACUGUUACGCAUAUCGAAAAUGGAAUUUUGGAUAAGGAAACCGAGUAAGUGACGUCCCUUUAGCGUUGAAAGGUUCGUACUGGUCAGCUUGGAAGAAAUCCGCUGGCCAGAAAGAGCAUUUUAUUUUGUAACAAAAUGUCAAAUUUUUAUUGGGUUUGGACGAAGUGUCAAAUAUCAGAAUUUUAUUUUGUUUCACAAAGUUGCAUCAAGUAGAAGAUUUUUGAUAUAACUCAUUGCAGUUAUGAUGUAUCAAUCUCCGCUUUCAACCGCUAUUUCCCACCAUCGGGCCAAUCGGAGAGCCGCCAUUUGCGGACGAGUUACGGAUAUCCGACUGCUCCACAAGACCCGAAAGUCUUCGCGCUUACGCCGGAUACGGUUGUCCUGUAUUGGAAAUUGCCCUCGACUUUGAAUGCACCACCAUCUGAGAUUAAAUACAGAGUAAGUCAUCUUUUUUUACACGAUAUUACUUUGUCAUGGAUGACAACCUGAUGUCAUGUAAGUUUUUUAUUUUUAGAUAACUCAAAAGACGAAGACCACCUUGCCAGUUGUUGUGGGAGCUAAACCCUUUGUCAACGGAGAUUUUGGGCAGUUGAGCGACAUUGUGUCUUGCACCUUGAAUCCAUGCCAAGCGAAAAUAAAUAAUCUGAGAGCAUCCAGUAAUUACGAGUUUUAUGUGAGUUUUUUACUCUUCUGUGUUUUAUGUUUUAGACAAGUAUACUUAUGAUAUUUAUCGUUUAGAUCACGGCCAUCCAUGUGAAUCGUUUGAAUUCGCAACUGGCCGAGGAUAAUGAGGCCAUUUCUCCUGAGACACAGACCAAAACAAAAGAUGUUCCUGGAACCCUAAGGGCGGAAAAUGCAACCAGCUCGUCUCUCCUUCUUCGAUUCAACUCAUUGGAGCCCCAGUUCUUGCCAGAUGAUAUAUUUUUGCAGUAUCGACAGGUGGGUAUAUCGAUCUUUUUUUUUAAUUUUGGGUAUAGGUCUAGUACAUCAUCAAUUUUUAAAUAAAAAAAGUUCUGAAUUGACUGAAAUGUUCUUUCAGAGUGGAGUGGAUGCCUCCUGGUUGGAUGUCCCGAAUUCUACGUUUGAUCAAUCGCUCAAUCCCAUUCUCAACAUGAGCAUUACCGAUCUCCGGUCAUGUACAACAUACGAUUAUCGAUUUGUUGCCGAAUAUUCGGACAAAUUCGAUUACGAUGGGAUCGAACGGCAAUUCUCCGAGCGGUUCUAUCAGCAAUCGCAGCAGGCUCGAACCAAACCCGGCACUCCAUCACCACCUUUGGAUAUUAGUAUUACUCAAGUAAAGGACGGGUUUUUGUUGAAAUGGAAUCCUCCAGAGGAUGAUGGCGGUUCGCCUAUUACCAGAUAUGCCCUGGACUUUAGACGAAACUCGACCAGCGAAUGGGAAAUUGCUGAAGUGAAGAAUCAGCCGGACUUUUUGCAAUGGAGGGUUCUUCCGACGAUUGUCCCCGAGCCAAAAAUCGCCGAAUUCCGGGUCCGAGCUGGCAAUGAUGAAGGUCUAGGGUCAUACGCCUUCCUCAAAUCGGUCAUGGAACCUGAUCAAUCGCCUGUCGAGCAGAAUAGCAUCUGGUUUUGGCCUUUGCUUAUCUUAACUGGCCUUGUCAUGUCGAUUGUCAUCCUAUUUUUAAGUGGAAUGCUGUACUUUCGACAGAAGAAUGAGAAAGCCAAGGAGAGAAAGCAACGCAUCAACAAGCAGAUUAAUUUGCAAAACAUUGGCGACAUCGAAUUCCCGUCAGCACCUUCGCAAAUCCCGCCGGAACUUCAAAAUGAGAUCCAAAAUCUCCCCAAAAUCCCGAAUUCGAGUUUACAAGUGCUCAAAGAGCUGGGAAAGGGAAGUUUUGGCGUGGUAAAUAAGGGAAUCCUCAGGAAUUGGGAUGCUUAUGGCUCGAAGGGAGUUUACGUCGCCAUCAAAGUAAUGAAAGUAAGAAAUUUAUAUUAUUUUAGGUAUCAAAUUUGAAACGCUUUAAAAUAUGAAAUUAUUUCUUUUCAGGGUUGUUGUCGCGAUCAAAAACAGCGUUCUCAUUUCUUGAAAGAGGCUAUUCUGAUGAACAAUUUCGAUCAUCCCAAUAUUAUCCGGCUUCUCGGUGUCUGUCUCGACGAUCCCAAUGAUCACAUGUUGGUGAUGGAAUUUAUGGAAGGAGGAGAUUUAAAUGCCUUUCUGAGGGAUUGCAAGAACAAACGUGGAUCCCCGGACUGUGUGGAGUUGGCUUUCCCGGAGCUGAUCAACAUGAUCGUGGACGUGGGAAGGGGGUGUGCUCAUUUGGAGAUGCAUCACUUUGUUCAUAGAGAUUAUGCAACCAGAAAUUGUUUGAUCACAUCGAGGGAGGCCCCAAGGACUACGAAGAUUGGUAAGGAAGAUUUGUCUCUUUGAAAUUUUGGGUUUAUGGUGAUUUUUUAUAUUGUAGUAGGGGCGUUUCGAAUUUUUAAAUUUUUGUCCUAUUAAUGUGACUUUUAUUUCCAGCCGACUUUGGUAUGGCCCGAGACAUAUAUAAAGACGAUUAUUAUCGACUCAACGGCAACGACCUCCUUCCCCUUCGAUGGCUGGCUCCUGAAUCCGCUUCAAAUGGAGUCUUCAGUUGCAAAUCGGAUGUUUGGGCGUUUGGAAUCCUGAUAUGGGAAAUUGUAACCAUGGCGGAGAAGCCAUUUGGCAACCAUGACAAUCCUGUGGUCUUGGUAAAAAUCAAAAACGGCGAACAUCCCAAAAAUCCCAGAAAUUGCCCGGAGGAAAUGUAAGAUAAUUUUUAUUUUUCUUGAGCUUGUCUUUUAGAUACAGAGUGAUGGAAAGGUGCUGGAUCAUGGAUGUGGAGAAGCGCCCGACUUUUGCGGAGUUACUCCCGGACUUGGAAUUGCUCAGGUGCAAUCAUAAUCUCUUCACUUUGGAUCCUUAUAUUAUUAAAGAUAAAGAAAAUAGGGUAAGAAAGAGGGUUCAAAAUGGAAAUAGCUUUCGGUUUCUUCCAGAGAUACGAUGGAGAACACAUAAACAACGGGUUCGACAAUUCAAAUGACUCGAUUACCUCGUUCAAUCGAAGCGGGCGUCUUAAUGAUUACGAAUCGAAUCGAAGGUAUUACCUGGGAGAUGACUCCUCGUACAGAGCAUUAUCCGGCGUGUCCGGAGAUACGAGGACCACGAAUGUGGACUAUGAGAUCCCUAGAUCCUCUUCGACCUCAACUUCCCAUUCGAGGAAUGCCAGCGGAUACGCGACGGACCGGCCAAAUGAUGGGUUUUCGUAUCGAAAUGAUGCUUUCAAACCGGAUACCCCCAGUGAUUAUGGUAAGAUUUGACAGAAACGGAAAGAUAAUUUUGCGGGAAAAACUUUGGAGAUAACAACGGUUUGAUUUAAUGUUUCCUUGGUUGGUUUAAGAUCUGAUUUGCACUUAAUAUUACCUAAUUUUUAUAGAAGCCCCCGAGAUGCACAGUUUAUCCCAACCCGCCUUCCUCAAUCGACUCCAUAGCAGAAAUCUCCGGCCUGGGAUGAGCUAUGCGAACGAAGUACGAAGCAACAGUAUGAAUGCACUCUCCCGAGACUACAGCAGUGAUUCCCCGCCCGGUUAUGCAGGUCAUGGAAGGAUCAGUCGAGUAUAA